AACCAAGAAUUACAGGGAGAGAGGUUGUGAUUGUAGAAAAUUCUAGAUUGCAAAUAAGAAUUUAUGAAUUAGAACAAAGAAUACGCGCUUUAAAUCUUGAUAAAGAUGAAUUGAUUCGUGAUAAUACACAUUUAAGAAAUAGAGUUGAAGAACUUGUACAGAUUCAUGCAGCAAAUGAAAAUUUGACACGAUUAAAUAACGUGUUAAAAAUUGUUUUGAGAGACUGUGAAGAUGAGAGAGAUCAUUACAAA